AUGUCAGAGCAUCUCCGACCUCCACCUCCAGCUCCAGCUCCAGCUUCAGCCCCAUCCCACUCUCCGACUCUCCACGCAGCCGACACCAAAUACGAGGGCCAAGAUCCUGAAGUAGACCUUACCAUCGGUACACGAACACCGAAACCCUACUACCGGCAGAGCUUCGAGCUCCUCGAGCCCUCCGAACGACUCAUACACCGAGCAGCGACCGUGGCUCUGUCACAGAGCCAACUCUCUCCUACAUCGGCCCACAGUUCGAACCCGGCGAGCGAUAGCGGUACCGAAGCAGACGAUGAACACUUCCUCAAGGGAUUGCCGGCCCCAAAAACUCGAUUACACAAGGGAUUACGUGGGAAGAACGAACCGCUGUCGGGCACAUCAACACCCCUUCUUUCCUCAAACGCCAUAGACGAGGAUGGACGAGACCCCGACCUAAACCCAAGAUCCGGCACCUCCAUACGAACAAAAAGAGGCGAAGCAGAGAGGGGUCGGAGAAGGAAAGAGGUUGUUCGCCGUGGUGCCGAGGUACUGCUGCUUGCUUGUCAGGGGUUGCUUGUAGCGUCGAACCAUGACGUGCAGCCCUUCCUACGGUCACAUCGAAAAGAACUCUCGGCAUUGUGCUGGCUGUCCUUGACACUACUUGCCCUCUACCCGUUGAGGCUCGUAGCUUGGGCAUAUCGUCGAGGCAACCCAUCGAAACGCUUGCCCCUUUCCGUCCCUACUUCCUUCGAUCCGGCUCCGGCAUUAUACCCACAGCUUAUACCGCUGUUCGUCUCGCUUCUUGUUGCACAAAAUGUCGAGGGUGUUGUGUUGCCAAACGUGAUUUUGAGCAUCUGCUCUCUACCGAGACCAUUGAUCCCUGGCGCUGGACACUGGGAAGAGUAUAGUUCUACACAGUGGCUUCUUUCUUGCAUUCCUCUCGUGCUGGGCAGCUCUGCUGCGGAUUCCGAGAUCCUGGCGUUGCUGUACCCGUUGCACCAGACGCUAUGCUUGCUCUUGCAGCGCCUUACCACGACUAGCCUUCUGAUUGCCGAACUGCAGUUGCUCUCUGUGGCCCUCAUUAACGUCCUUUUACUGGCACAAUCUCCCCAGGUUGUUAUUUUGAAGGCGCUUCUCUGGGGAGGUGGUCUCGGAAUCAUCGUGCUAUGUGGUAAAGUCAUCCAAUGGGGUAUCUCUUUGGCCAGAGUACCAAAGUGGCGCUUCAAGCGCCCUUCUACGCCCAAGGCCGGAAAUACAUCUGGGCUCUGGAGGUUCUUCAAAGCUGCCAAACGUACAUACUACGACGGCAAAACUGACAAUGAAGAGGUCUCAAGUGACUCCGACGAUAUGGGUUCGGGCUAUCGUCGCCACCGAAACUCCGCAACUUCUUCCUGGGAUGCGAGCUUCUCGAAAGGGAGGACAAGAGAGGAUAGCAUCAGUAGCGCUGAAGAGAGCUCACUUCGUCAGGCCAAUGGUACUGAUGUUCGUUUUGAUGUGCAGGAGCCGCCGUCCCCGCAGCAGUCCUCCCCACGAAGGCAUACAUUGCCUUCUUUGGGCAAAAUCGCCAGCAUCGUUCGGUCCCAAACCAGCACUCCUUCUGGCCGCCGGAAGCGCUCUGCCUCCUCAAGUGUACGCGCCUUCUUUUCCUUGACACAAGGGCAAGCCGCUGUAAGGAAGUGGCUGUACGCCGGCUGGGUCUACGUCUGCAUACUGAUCACCCUUCUGGUCGGCGUUCGGGAGUACGUGGGACGAUACGCCCUCGCUGAAAACGAGCCGGUGGGGUGGGCACUCGGCUACCUAUUUGGCGACAUCCCACAGCUCAGGCUCGAGGUUGUCAAGGCGGAUCUCGAGAGAUGGAUCUGCCUCCCGAUACGAGCCGAUGGCGAGGCUUCCGGGGCCUUGGGCGGCUGGGUUCAGUUCGUCCGUCAAUCUAUCUUCGGAGAAGCCAACACCCGUCUCCUCCUCAGCGGCUACUGGCUAGUCGUCAUCAUAAUCGGCCUCGCGGUCGUGUUCCGCCUAUCCCCUAUCUACGAGGUUGAUACACGUCGGAAGGUCUUUCACUUCAUGAUGGUCGCCAUGUUCCUACCUACCAUCUUCAUCGACCCAACCUACAUCGCUCUGGCUUUGUCGAUCGUUCUCGCCAUUUUUCUUCUGGUUGACCUUCUUCGAGCGAGCCAGCUCCCUCCGCUCUCAACACCCAUCGCUCAGUUCCUUACUCCGUACGUUGACGGCAGAGAUCUCCGUGGCCCCGUCGUCAUCUCGCACAUCUUCCUCCUGAUCGGAUGUGCCAUCCCCCUAUGGCUCAGCCUGGCCGCCCUACCACGUACAGGCGAAGGCCCUCUAGCAGGAUGGGAGGUCCCGCUCCGGGACAUCAGCAUGGUCGCCGGAGUCGUGUGCGUGGGACUCGGCGAUGCGGCAGCCUCGCUGAUCGGAAGAAGAUGGGGUCACAGGAAGUGGCUCUGGGGAGGCGGCAAGAGCAUCGAGGGGAGCAUUGCGUUCGCGACAGCGGUGUUUGUGGGGUUGAUGACGGCUAAUAUUUGGUUAUUCGUUGGGGGCUGGCCCUCGACUGUUGGCACGCUUUCUACGGUUGCCCGGGAGGCGGAACUUAAUGAUGGUUUUGGAGCGGGAGCGGGCGCGGGCGCGAGCGUGGGUGAGCUGGUGAUGGAUAUAAUGGGGAGGUUAUGGGAGGCAUUGUCUCAACUGCCACAAGCGUCGUGGUCGACGACGGUGGUGAAAACGGCGGCUUGUGCUUGCAUGGCAUCACUCACGGAGGCAGUGUUGACGGGAGGUAAUGAUAAUGUGGUGGUGCCGGUUGUGCUGUGGACUUGUGUCAAGAGCAUGGAUAUGAAUUUGAGGUAA